AAUCUCAAUCACACAGCCGCGCUUUGAUCAUUAAGUAGUUCAACGGUGUUCGUUCGUUUUUUUUUUUUUUUUGUCUUUCUGGAGUAAAAUCAAGUCGAAUGGCUAAAGAAGUUUUCAUAGAAUGUUUCGUAAUGGUGAUCGCUUUGGUUGGAUUUGUUUCAAGCGAUAGUGAAAAACAACUUGACGUGGUAAUUUCAUACGAAACAGAACACGAUCCUUCAACAUUUUUCUUUACGAAGCUACUGAAUCGCCAAUUAUUCGACCGGUUGAACAAAUGUGGCGUUAUUCGCUGGAGAUUCAUGCCAUGUACCACAUCAUCGAUGGCCAACGGAGUUCUAGUAUGUCGUGGUGGAGAUUGCCAAUGUGCCGCAGAUAAAAUUCACGCUUGCGCUGCAACUUUAUACAAAGAUAACCAGGAAGAAUUGGGGAAAUUUGUCAUGUGUUAUUUUGCUUCAAAGAACGCUAAAAAUUGCGCAAACAGUAACGGAAUGUGUUACGAUACCAUAGAAACUUGCGUAAAAGAAAAGAAAGGCGACAAAUACUGCAACGACUUCUUUGACAUAGUCAUUAACGACUGGCAAACUAUAUUUGUUCCAGGAAUUAAAUUUGGAUCGAAAUACGACAAAGAUGUAAAUUACAAGGCUACUGGAGAUUUCAAAGGCGUUUUAUGUGAAAAAUUGAAAAGUAACAACUUACAAUGCGAUGUGUGUUCUUGUAGCUAAAUAGUGGUUAAGUCUCCGAGGAAUUUGUUUCUUUAAUUUUCAUUUGAUUUAAUUAGGUUGUAUUAUGAUUAUAUAAAAUAAAUGUCUGCGUCACUCAGGAA